CACCCACCCUGACAACGACCCCACGCAAACCCACGCGCAAUCCCGACUCCAUCGCCCAAGCCCUGAUCGCUAUCCCGCAUCACGCGCCCUCCGGCCCGUGAAGGUCUUCGGCCCCCGACUGCUGCUGCGCGCACACCCCCGGCCCCCGUCCGAGUCGCCGCAAACGCGUCGCUGCUGCCCGCCAUCACCAUGCCUGCACGGAAGCGCGCCCGCGACGAUGCCCCGCAGCCGCCCGAGCCCCGCGAGCCCUCCAAGCUCGAGAAGCUGCGCAACAUGUGGGAGUAUACUUCCGUCGUGCAGUACAUAUACAUCUUCGGAUCGGCGGUGAAGAUUGACGAGGACAUUGACAUCGACGAGUUCGAGGCCGAAUGCCUCAAGCCCGCGCCCUCGGAGAUGCUGGCGCAAAUUGGCCUGGCUCUGCUCAAGUUCGUCUCGUCGCAUCGAGGAUUGACGCUAGAGAUCUUUGACGAGUACACCCGCCGCCAGUUCGUCGCAAAAGCUCCUCACCGAAACCCUUACGGCACCGACGAGGUCCCCAAAAAGUUCGACGACUUUGACACUUUCACCAAGAUUCGAGUGCUGCACCAGCUCUCGACCUGGACCCUGAACAAUGCCGAUCGCAUCCGUGAGCGCAUGCCCGAAAAGGACGCGGAGCAGACUCAGUGGCGCGUUGACCCCAUCGGCUGGGAUUCUGAGGACCGCACAUACUUUGUCUUCGAUGAUGAUCGCCUGUACCGUCGCACUGACCCUCCGCUCCCUGCCGCGCCCAAAGCCAAGGCCAAGCCCAGAGCUAGGAAAGGAAAGCCGACACGAGGCACCAAGCGCAGGAAGCUUUCGACGCCGCCCCAAGACAGCGCUGCGGAGGAUGAAGACGAGGAAGACGCGGUCAAGGAGGAAAAGAAUAGCGAGCCCGACACAUUUGGCGGCUAUAAGUGGGAAUGUAUUGCGGUGACAUUGGAGGAGUAUCAGAACUUUGUCAGCUCGAUACGGAGGAGCAGGGAUCCCAAUGAGAAGGCGUUGGUCAAGAGCUUGGAAGCCGAUGUUAUGCCCGUUCUCGAAAAGAGAGCCGAGCAACAACGGGCGAAGGCGCUGAGAAAACAGAAGGAACUGGAGAACCUCGAAAAGCUCGCUCACGCCAAGCGCUCAAGCCGGAUUGCAGGCCGCAUGGAGAAGCAAAAGGAGCUGCAAAUGGCUGAAGAAGCUGAGAAGAAGCGCGUUGCCGAUCUGGAGAUGGCGAAGAAGGAGCAAGAAAAACAGCAUAAUAUGGAGGAGGCCCGCGAGUCCCGCAUGAUGACGCGUGAGCAGCGCUUGAAAGAACGCGAAGUCCGACGCAUCUUGCACGAAGAAGAGCUGAAAAAGCUCGAAGACCGGAGUAGGGCUGAGAGCAACGAAGCGCGGCUAUCGGAGCGGCACCUCAAGGCCGAGAUGGCAAGGCGACAGAAGGAGCUUGAGAAGAUGGCUCAGGAGGAGGAUAACUGGGUCUUCGACUGCUGCGUGUGCGGCGUCCACGGGGAGAAUCUUGACGAUGGCACGCACAGUAUCGCUUGCGAGAAAUGUAAUGUAUGGCAGCAUAGUGCCUGUCAUGGGAUUGCACAAUCUCAAGCCGAAAGGGACGACUUCCAUUUUGUCUGCGGCGAUUGCAAACGAAAGAGCGCAGAGGUGAAGAAAGAAGGGUCGGUAGAGAGCAACAAGACGGAUGAAGCAGCCCAGCCUAAGUUGCCUCCUCUCAAGCUUCGCAUUGGCGCUUCGGCUUCGCCCAAGUCACAUGGGGACAGUUCCCCAACAAAGCCUUCUGCAGUGGCUCCUUCACCAUCCAAGCCGUCUCCUAGUCUCGCAAUGACUUUCGACUUCCCGCCACGCACUCAACCGUCACCCAACGGCCUGCUUAAUGGGCCGAGCCUGUCUCCGCAUGGUCAGUCCUCCGGUCCCCCAGGCCUUCAGCGCCGCAGUUCUGGCUACAGUUCGCACUCCACUCUUGGCGAAUCGACACCAGUGCUUCCGAAGCCGCAACCCAACGCUGGCAUAUAUGGCUCCAAUCCAUUUAUGUCUGGAGCACCUCAGUUCCCGCUUCCGUCCUUUAAUCAUGGACAGCCAUACUCGAACGGCCUUCCCCAAGGCGCGCCAUCCCCUAGCCGACCUACACCCCAAGCGCCUGGACAGGAGCCCAUGGAUCCCCAGCGACCAUCAUCAUCAGGCUACGGUGCCCCUUCUCCUGUCAAGGCCCCCUCGUUCUCGUCACCCUACCAGCCGAAUGGUCACCCCAUAGCUGCGCCCUUUUCCAGCCCAAACACCUCAUUCCAGCCGCCGCUUUCAGCGCAGCGGCCGUCCUUCUCACCCAUGAAGCAGGCAUCCUCGCCGCCGCAGCAGCACUCGACGCCGUCGCAAAGGCCGGUCGACACGUCGUCGGACUUGCUGCCGGAGCCGUCGACGGGCAUCUCGCCCGAGAAGCACGACAGCGCCAAGCCGACGGGAAGCCAUGACAUUUCGGAGACGCCGGUGCUGCCACCGGUCGCGCCGCUGGCACCCAGCACGAGCCCGACCAUCCUCACCCCGCCCAGCAAGAAAAUGACGCCCGAGCGGCCGCGCGUCGAGGGAUUACCAGCCUCUGCUGCUACGCCCGCAGCCGCAGCCGCCGUCGACGUCAGCGCUUACGCUGGCACGGAUACGAUGGUGAACAGUGCGGACGCUGGUGCGGCGCCGAAAGUGGCUGAGGAUGGCGCCUCUGGGACCUCAGCCUCUGGACAGCAGUGACACUCACGUCGCGGGACGUGAUUGGGCAGGCUUGCCAAGUCGACACUGAUUGUUAGUGGAGUCUGCGCGCAUGGUCCACCACGUAUCCGGGACUUUGCGCGUCUGAUUCUGCGUGUCUGAUUUUGCGUGCUCGUGUCCCGGCGGGGUUGCGCUGUGUGUAGACAAAAACAACAACAGGUUAGUAGCAAGAUGCUUGGGCUUUGUACGGUCAAGCUUCUGGUACCAGGGUGCCACAGCGUGCGCGCGUGUAGCGGGCUGUCAGCAUUUUUUAGACUUUGCCUCGCCUGCUACAUGGGUAGCAGCUACGGUCUUUGGCAACGGCUGUGGCGCCCCUGACUGUCUUUGUACGCUGUCUGGGUCCUUCGUAGUAGAUAUAUGUAUGUACGGUAAGCUUGCCUCGUUCGAUGGGUGUGGUGGCAGCCGAGCCACCUACCUACCUACCUGUGGAGGGGCGGCGUAGUUUAAUAAAUAUAAGAAUAGAAUAACUUG